AUAUUGAGCUCAUAUAUGUUCCUACAACUCGAAAACUGCUGGUAUCCUAUGGGCGUGACCCUCCUCAAAUCAGAGUCGACCCUGCCCGGAUCGAAGGAUUCUUGCAAGGCCUCAUGAACUACAUACAAGUCGCUGCACGAUAUCGACGCGGCCAAGAAAUUGCAUGCUUAACGCCAUGCUGCAAUGCACUGAGUACGCAUGCCAUCCCAAACAAUACUAUAAACCCAAGGCUCCGGGUGAACGUUCGGCGACGUCAUCUCGUACUGACACAGUCCAGGCUGCCCAUUUCAUAUUGGACCAAUUGCUUCUAUUCCACAUUGGAGCAUAGUAUACUCCGAAUACAGCUAUAUUUCCUUCGGAACGUUUUUACGCAUCUGAACACAUCUAUCACUCGAUCAAUACGGACUCCGUUCAACCGUGGGGAGACGUCGCGUGGAAGUAUGCACGCAGCAUACAUACGAUUAACCUUUCUACCUCGCCGAAUGUUAUUCUGCAGCAGCUUGCUGCGCUCGUCGUUUGUUGCGGCACAGUACUGGGGUAAGAGCACUAGAUUAAUUAAUAGUCGGGCGUACCAGCGACAGCCGCGUCCUCUGAGCCGAGGGCCCGUCCACCAGGAACGUCGCAAUAACGACCGACAAGUGCUGGCACACGCUAUUGCUCUUCUAGAAGGCAUAGGUCGCCCCUUUUGGGCCUUUGUGGCCCAGCAUGGCUGCGACGGCACACCACGAUCGCAAUGCGUCCUUCCUGGGGUAUAACGAACGUACAAGGGGCCAAGCAGUCGUUGCAGCACCCCACAAGAAGUUCGAGAUCAAAUAGAAUACUCUCCAGUGUAAGGACCUGCAGGAGCAUCCACGACAACCUCUGACCCGAACGCUCGAACAAUUGAAACUAUGGGGGAAAUGUGACCUUCAAUAGUUGGAGGGCUCUCCUGCUCU